GGUGUAAACCACCGGCUGCGGGGAAGUUUGACAGCUAUAAAAACAAGAGCUCCACAGCUGGGAGGUAGCUUUGCUGUCUGGGGAGGUCUCUUCUCCAUGAUUGACUGCAGUAUGGUCAGAAUGAGAGGGAAAGAAGAUCCGUGGAAUUCAAUCACAAGUGGAGCCCUGACUGGAGCCAUAUUAGCUGCAAGAAAUGGACCUGUUGCCAUGGUCGGAUCUGCUGCGAUGGGAGGAAUUCUCCUAGCUUUAAUUGAAGGAGCUGGUAUUCUGUUAACGAGAUUUGCCUCCACGCAGUUUCCGAACGCCCCUCAGUUUUCAGAUGACCCCUCCCAGUUGCAGCCCUCUCCGUUUGGUGACUACCGACAAUACCAGUGACCGCCCUCAUUCUCCUAGUUCCUAUCCUACCUGAGCUGUAAUUUAAAAUGCUGGAGGACCAAGACGCGGUAUGUCUUUACACCAGUGGUAGUCUCUUACACAAACCAUGCCAAGAUGACCUUCAGCACUUUUCAGUGUAAAGCUGCACAGGAGAACUUUUAGAAGAUGACAAAUCUAUUUAUUUGUGAUAGAUUCCAUUGCUGUAAUGUUGAUACGUGUCUGAUAGAAUACACGGAGAUUUAAGACAAGGA